AUGAGCAGCAUGUGGAAAGGAAGAAGCGAUCCGCCUAACGGCAAUGGAUUGUCGGACGAGCCUCCUCACCCAAUUCCAGAGGAAGAUGGUGCCUCCAGGAGGAGCUACGAGCCCACUGAGCGCACCAGGCUGCUCGACCGUCCCAACAGGCCACCGCCAACUGCAGACGGCUAUCUUGACCCCGAUGACCCAGCUGUAUCCCCAUACAACCUCUGGUCUGUGCGCUUCAUGCGCUAUUUCACCGUCUUCUUCCUCAUCAUCACGUUUUUGUGGUGGGUGCUUCUGCUCGUGUCCAUCUUUGUCUCUCCACCCGGACUGCACACUCGUGGCUCAGGCUUCUUCGACUUCGCCUACACAUGUCUUACCCUUGGCAAUCUUCUUGUUGCCAUCAUCUUCUUUAUCACUCCCGCCAAGGGACUGCGCGUUACCACGGCUAUCAUCGCGCUGCUUCUCGCAAUUGACAUGAUCAUCAUCGUGGCAGUUCCGGGCAUCAGACUCGAAGAAGGAUGGGUCGGCAUCGCUUCGGUGGUGUGGGCUGUUGUCAUGGCUGUCUGGUGCGUCCUGACGGAUCGCGUCGUGGCUUGGGGUAAGAAAGAGGAAGAAGAGCGCCUUACAGGCCGUCCCGAGACGCGUCGCACACUCAAGGAGUGGGUUGCUGUCUUGAUCGCGACUAUCUUGACUGUUGUCUUCAUUGUCAUCGCUGUCCUCAUGACCGCUACUCUCGGUAUGCGCGCCCGUGACGCGAGUCUCGAAAUGUACGGCGAGCGAAUCCUAGUCGACGGUGAGAAGUACGCUGUACACCUCGCAUGUGUAGGCAACGUGUCCUACAACAACGGCACCAAGGACGUCACCAUGCUUCUCGAAGCCGGCGAGGAGCCUUUGGAGUACGAUCUCGAGCACUGGGCUUACGCGGCGUACAAGAACGGUACCAUCCCAAGAUACUGCUACUGGGAUCGCCCAGGCUACGCUUUCUCUGAUAACGCGCCUUCUCCCCACUCAGCUGGUAUGUCUGCUGACGCCCUCGCCGAGGCACUCGCCAAAGCUGGCGAGGAGGGACCCUGGAUUCUUGUUUCUGCCGGUUCAGGAAGCAUCGUGAGCAGGAUCUUCAGCUCAAGGAACUUGAAAUCAGUUGUUGGCAUCAUGCUCAUCGACCCGCUCCACGAAGAUCUCCUGCACCGCCUUGCCAGCCCCGGACGUGGUUUCCUCCUGUGGGCUUGGGGUAUCAUCUCACCCCUCGGCACCGUCCGUCUUGCUGGUGCACUCUUCAAGGGUCGCACUCGCGAGGACCGCGUCUACGGUCGCAACGCCUACCAGUCCGGUAAACAGAUCAAGGCACAGCUCCAGGAGAACCUCGUCGCCGACUCGCUCACCAAGAACGAGGUCAGCGCCGCCAGGAACAUCCAGAGCUCUGACACCCCACUUGUGGUUGUGAGCUCAGGUAUCUCGUGCAGGAGGGACACCGAGUGGGAGCGCAAACAGAAAGAUCUCACCAAGUUGACCGACAACCUGAUCGGUUGGGACGUUAUCAACAAGGCGCCCCACCAGUUGUGGCAGACGCUUGACGGUCGCAUGGUCUUGGAGAAGAGGCUGCACCAGCUGGUGAAGCUCUCUGCCAAGGUCGAGACGCCUAAGUAA